AUGCUCUUUUUUUCGAAUGCUCGAAUACACAAUCCACAUAUAAUACCGAUUGUUGUAUCUGAUCGAUCUCAUACACAUAAAUUAGGUCACUCGUGUAUUAUUGUUGGUUGUCUAUCAAUUAUUAUUGGACUCAGUCUCAUUAUAAGGGGGGUGAUAUCAGAAACAAAAAAGGCGACAUUGAUUGGUAUUGGUAUUAUUAGUUUAGCUGUCGGCCUUUUUACUACAAUAUUAGUAUGUUUUUAUGGUAAAUUAAAUAUAUAUUAUCACAAUUGGGCAUAUGGUCAACGUGUUGUACCACUUAAUAUUGAAACUCCUCACGAAGGAAGACAGAGUGGUGGUGGUGGUGGUAUAUCGAUGGCUCCGUAUUCCGAAUCGCUAUCAGUAACACAAAAAAUACAACCGACAAUUCCAUUAUCAUCUUCAUCGUCAAUGACAAUGCUAUCGGAUCUCGAAAUAAAUAAAGUUAUAAUUGGCCGAUCAAUAAAAAUUGAUAAGGCAACGAUUCAGAGCGAUAUUAUGACUUAA